AUGACCAUUGGCUUCAACCGGCGCGUCCCAGGUUACCCUCGCUACUCGUACUUGGGCAACCCAGCGGAGGGCGAGCAUCACCUCAUCAUCAAGGGCGUUACCCUGGAGGACGACGGCGAGUACCAGUGUCAAGUAGGACCAACGGCCAACACGAAGGCCAUUUGGGCGUCCGCCAACGUCACGGUUAUGGUGUCUCCGGCCAGCAUCAGCGUCAUCGGUCGAGACGACAACUCUGUCAUUGAGGUCGUCAGCGGAAAGAUCCUGCGGCUGGAGUGUCUUGUAGCCGACGCCCGCCCGGCGGCGGCCGUGGCCUGGUACAAAGGCGGCCUCCGAAUGGAUUCAGGGUCGCACCAGGAAUUCGUCGAGCGGUCGCAAAAGCCCCGGAUGCUCAACGUCAGGAGUCGCCUGACCCUACGUCCGGAGGCUUCGAGCGAUGGAGAGGAGUACUCGUGUCAGGCCAUUCACCCAGCACUAGAGGGCUCGCCUACCAGUCUGGUCGCCUCUGUUACUCUGUCGGUUCUACAUCCGUCCAGCGCUCCAAAAAUCACCGGGUACAAAACGGGAGAGAUCCUCUUAGACGGCGAACACAGAACGCUGACUUGCCGCGUCUCGGGCGGGAACCCGCGUCCUAGGGUCACGUGGUACAGACACGGGCGCGCCCUUAUUCUCACGGCAGUUGCAGCGCCGAGCGCUACGCUGCCGGCGAUAACGACCGCACCCCCCAAGGAGGAGGGGGUGGUGUUCGUCACCCAGCAGAUCGUCGCCAUGAGACAAGAGGAUACGGCAGUCUACGAGUGUCGGGUUUAUAAUAAACUGCUCAAUUAUCCGCUCACGACCAACGUCACGUUGACUGUGCACUACCCACCAGCAAAAGUAUUCAUCAAAGGACCAAACACAGCGAGCGCAGAUAAGAUGUUCACCCUCAGCUGUCAAACUUCCCCGGCCAACCCGGCAGCCAAUAUCACCUGGUUUAUCCAAGGCGAAAGGGUGGUGAGGACGAGACUCAAGACCACGGAGGACGAGGGCGGCGGUUGGGUGACGUACUCGGAGCUGUCUCACACCCUCCAGUCUACAGAGGACGCCCACAUCAACGUGGAGUGCCAGGCGGCGAAUUCGGCAUCGGAGAAUCCCGCCACUGAAACGAAGGUCAUCAGUGUUAUCAAGCGACCUGGGUGGCCAGAGUUGACCAUUCAGGGGAAUGGCCCCGUGACUGCAGGAACCAAACUCGGGGUCAAGUGCACCUCCGAGGGGGGAAACCCUCCUCCUACAGUGAGACUGUACUUAGGAGACGAGGAGCUGGAGACGACGGUUAAACACGAAGAGACAGACACCACAGCAGAAGCUACACUCGAGGUCACAGCUGGCAACAAUGGCGAGAAGGUCACCUGUGAACUGAUCAGCCCGGCGACCAGCAGCCCAAUUAGAGUGAAUAAGGUCGUCAAUGUAUUUUUUCCUCCUUGGGAAGUCACGGUAUGGACACGCCCGAAGACCGUGGAAGCAGGCUCCGAGAUUUUCAUCAUCUGCGAGUCGUCCUCGAGUCUACCUGCCUCUGUCAUCUCUUGGUACUCUGGCGGCCUCAAACUGGAAGGAGCCAAGGUCACUCAGACUCCUGGACUCUUCAGCGGGACUGUUACCAGAUCCGAACUGGAGGUGCUGACGGUGGCAGAGGACAAUGGACGGGUCUUCACGUGCACGGCUGACAACAACCUGUCCAUCGGAGUGUCGGAAAACGUGACUCUAAGCGUCUUACACGGCGCCCUAUGGGUCAAUCCGCCUCCUGAAGUGGUGGAGGUCCACGAAGGAGAUGACCUCCUCCUGACGGCUAACGCUGUGGCUAAUCCACCUCCUGUCAGAUACAGCUGGUGGCGGGGCCCAGCAGCUGUGCAGAGCGAGGAGGCUGAAGGCGAUGAGUUGGGGAUCCUCCGGCUCACUAGGGUAGACCGCCAAUACUCAGGGAAUUACAGCGUGGUCGCUACUAGUCCUCGCGGAGACACCAACGCCACUUUUGGCAUCAACGUGCUAUACGGGCCGGAGGAGGUGGUUGCGGCCGAGAGAGUGACUGUGGACGAGGAAGGAACGAAAACGAUUCUGUGCUCGGCUCUAGGGAAUCCCACCCCUACCAUUACUUGGACCCGAGGACCCGACAACAGCAUAUAUUCCAGUUAUGACACCAAUAGCAGUUCCGGAGUAUAUUUAGCCACUGGAGUGGGAGAAGCCCGGCUUGUCAUGGAGUGGGCUUCCAGAGCCGACACUGGAAAAUACCACUGCCACGCCACCAAUACUGUAUCUACGUCACCGCCUAUAACUACAGUGGUUGUGGUUACGCAACCACCCGAGCCAUCCAUUAACACGCAAGCGAUGACUAACCCGUGGGCGCUCAUGGGGGGAAUUGGGCGUCUGGACUGCCGAGUGAGGGCUGCCCCAGCCCCGACCUUCACUUGGUCAAUCAACGACGAGAGCCAAGUGCUUUAUAAUGGGAACAAGUAUUCCAUCAGCGUGCCCGAGCUGAUUGACGACGUGAUAGAGUGGUCCUCCGAAUUAGAGAUCAAAGACGUCAACGUUCGGGAUUACGGACUCUACAUCUGCACGGCCCACAAUUCGCAAGGAUCCUGCACAACCAACUUCACCUUAACACCGCCACCGCCCCCAAGAGCCCCGUUGAAUUUCACGACUGUGGUUGUGAGGUCGAACAGCGUCGUCUUCUCUUGGCAACAGGACACCUCGGGGGCCCCACCGAGAGGUCACCAGAUACGAUUUCAGGCCAGCGGAGCCAAAAAUUUCCAGUACGUGGAUAUACCCGGAAGUAACACCACGAAUGUGACGAUCACCGGACUAACGCCCGGAACCGACUACGCCUUCACGAUCCAGGCAUACAGCGACCAAGGGGAAUCCCAUUACGUAGCUCCGAUGGUAAUAGUGAAUACAAUGGUGGACGUGGUCGGGGAAGUUGCCAGCAGCGCCGUGGACGGGAGCCUGAGUCGAAUGCCGAGGCUGGCGCUUCUGCUCAUUUCGCUCACUGGAACGGCGCUCCUGGUGCUCAACGUGUCCAUCAUCGUCUGCUUCCUGAGGAGACGCUCCGCCAGGAGAAACCUGCGAGUCUCCACCAGCAAGACGACCACCCUGGAAGUGUCAACACCCAGCUUGGGGGAGCAACUCGACCUUACCCCGGCUAGCGACGCCCCUCCACCUGAUUAUCAGCAGGCCAUGUGCCACUCCAGCUCCUUGGAGUGCGAAGAAACGAGCUUCACCAACGACCAGUACAGCGCCGGAACGUCUCGUUCAACGCCCCCCCUGCCUCGCACGAGCCCCAAAUCUACGAAGAACAGCCCCCUGCUGAACGGGGGCGUCAGGUUAGAGAGCCAGACGACCAUCGUUCCAGACGACGAAAUCCUACCGCCCGAUCCGAUGGCGGCUAUGGCUUCGAGCACCCCGAAGAAGCAGCAGCAAUUCGACGUCGUUUACAAAAGCCACCCGAACAUUCCCGACGUCUGUCCCGUCAGUUCCAGCAGCGUCUACGACGACCUGGACGACGACGACGACGACGAGCCGCAGGACGACUUUCCAGGGUACCUGGACGACGACGACCCGUCGCAGCCGCUCUUCCACCGCACGGAACUGUGCACCAUCCUGGAAGACGACGCCAUCGACUCUCCCGAGCAACAGGUCCUGCGGGGUGACCUCCAGCGGCAGUCGUCCUUCCGCUCGUCCCCGACGCCGUACCAUUCCAUACCCACCCACCCGGAGCGAUACAGCCCCGUCCCUGCCUCUGCUCAACCGCAACCCUGCUGCCAACAACCCGCUCCCUCUCACCCUCCCUCUUCCCACCCUGCUUCUGCUCCGUCUUCAGCGGCCCCCUCGCCUUCCACCGUUCAGCACAAGCCCGGUGCCCCCCACCCUCAGGUGAUCUUCCACGGCCAGCCACACCUCCAGCAGCACAUGGAGAUCCAGCAGCAGAUGCAACAGCAGCAGCAGCAGCAGCAGCAACAGCAACAGCAGCACUACCAGCAAGAACACCAUCAUCAUCACCAUCACCACCACCCACACCAUCACCAUCACGAGAUGACGCAUCGUCAACACGCCGCUGGUUUCCAUCAUCAUCCGCAACAUCCACUCCAGCAUCCAAUUCACGCGUGCUGUCAGCAGAUGGGCAUCCCCCCCACCACCACCCCCACCCCCACCCCCACGCCCAGUACCCUCAAGUGCCAACUGCAGCAUCUUACCCUUUCCCCGACAACACGGGCCGUUUCGCGUCGCCUCAGCAGUUCUUCGGGGAAGCUCGACCGCCUUUAGCUCCGGGUGGACGUUGGUCUCCACAUCCCUCCAACUACCACCCUGGAGAUAUCAGCGACUCAUAACCUUAAAUCAUUGUAUAAAAGAGGUAAAUAAUUACUUUAAGGUAAACUUGGUAACAAAUAUCGAAGAAUAUCGUAUUCGUGGGAGGGUGUUAUUAAACUUUCUUAAAAGUAUUCCAAGUCCCUUAGUCUGAACGUUUACUUUGCAGUGCUACCAAUCUCUUCUUAAUCCCAAGGUUCAAGAUCUCACAACAGGGCACAUUUUCGUUCAAUCUGGCGAAGUUGUUUAACUUUCUGACUUCAAGGGUCAGACGCCACUGGUGAAAUUACAACAUGAUGUCGACAUUCUUCCUCAAUUUCAGAAUAAUUUCUUACAGGAUUAUUCGCUGAUUUACUGUUCUCAUUGUAGGGACCAUAAUAUGACAGAGACUUAAAACAUACCACACACACACAAACAUACAAACACACUCAUAUAUAUGUAUAUACAUCUGCUUAGCUAUAUAUGUAUAUAUAUACACAUGUAUAUAUAUAUAUAUAUAUAUAUAUAUAUAUAUAUAUAUAUAUAUAUACUGGAUUAAUGUACCUUAAAUUCACACUAUAAAAUAUAGAUAGACAGUUAUAGUAGUAUAUUGAUAGAUAUGAUAAUCUCCAUCUUUCCUCCUGCAUGCGUUUGGACAUGUACUAGAUAGAAAUAGAGAUAGAGAGUUAGACAGAUAAAUAAAGAGAGAUAGAUAGAUAGCUAGAUAGUGAAAAUAACUGUUCUAAUUCUGUUCGCCCUUCAUAGUAUUAAUUUAUUUCAAAUACUUUUAAUCCCUCUUUGCCCUAUUAAACAAAUCAUUAUGUUUUUUUGUAAACAGCAGUAAACUAGCAAUUAGAUCUCACAUGUGGCAUCGACUUGAAUAUGUCAGCAAGUACAUGCGUGCAAAUAAGGAGAUUGAAUUCUGUUAGACCUUAAUUUACAGUGAAUAAGAUAAAAUGUUUAAGGCAGAAAUAUCAGUACCCAAACACAGACUUACACGAUAGAUAGAUAGAUAGAUAAUAGACGAAUAGAUAGAUAGAUUUAUAGAUAGAUAGUAUGAAACAUAGACAGAUUGAUAGAUAGAUAUAUUUAUAGAUAGAUAGUUUGAUAUAUAGACAGAAUGAUAGAUAGAUAGAUUCUGCAUAUUCGAGGUCGCAUGUACUUGAAAACAUGUUUGUGCAAUUACAGUGAAUAAACAACAAAUAGGUUUGAAUAUUUGUUUUUGAAAUAAAUACAAUGGAAUGUAUUUCCACUAUACUGGGUGUACCUAACAGUUACCCUAUCGCCAUCAGUAUCUUUUUAUCAUAAAUAUUGUUGAAAUAUUUUUGUGUGGAUUUUAGUUUAUACGUUAAAACAUACAUACAUACAUACAUACAUACAUACAUACAUACAUACAUAUAAAAAAGAUUAUUGUACAAAUGCUUGGGGUUGCAAAUAUACUAUCAAAAUCCUACCUAUUUAAGCAAGAAUACGUAAUGCAAGAGGUUAAUUGUAAGUCUACGUCAUAAUUUUAUUUUCAAAUUUACAAUUCUACGUCAAUUUAGAAAUCGGAUUUAAUUGUGCGCAUAUUUCUUGCUUUCCGUAUGGGCAGGCCUUUUCCUGAAAGCACAAAGUAAACGUGUCUAUAUUAUGUAUGAGAACAU